AUGACAUAAACAACAACAGUUGUAAAAAGUUUAAGUAAAAAAAGGGAAUCUUAACUUCCUUCGGUUUGGUAAUUAAAAGGUUUAAAAAUAUUAUUUUAGGUAAGCAAGUUUAUCGCACAUUUAAAGUAUAUAGCCCCUAAAUAUAAAUUUAGAUAAUUAAAUGGUGAUUAGUUUAACAUUAUCGGGGAUAAUGUAAGUUAUCAUAAAUUUUAUAAAUAUGAAAAUUAUUUAAAUGUUUAACCUUCAUUUUAUAAAUUAUUUAUAUACGAGACAAAUAAAAAACUUUAAAACAUAAAAAAAUACCAGUAUUUUACUUAAAUAAUUUUAAGUAUUCUUAAUAAUGAUAGCAUAAUUUUGUUUCCGGAUUCUUUAUUUAAAAAAAUCUGGGAUUGUCUUUUACUUUUUUUACUAAUAAUUAACAUAUUUUACAUACCUUUAAAUUUAGCUUUUAAUUUGGCAAGUUAAUCUUAUCUUUUCACUUACAUAAUGAAUGUCUUACCUGGUUGGAUUUUUUCAAUUGAUAUAAUAUUACAUUUUAAUACGGCCUACUAUUAAAAAGGAAUAAUUGUAACAGAAAGGAGAAAAAUAACACGGAAAUAUUUAUCAGGAUAGUUUUUUAUUGAUUCCUUUGUAAUUUUGCCUUUUUUAAUGGCCUCAUAUUUAUAAAUAUAAUACUUACAAUUAAUAAUACUUUUAAGGUUUAAUAAAAUGAUUUAAAUAUCAAAUGAUUUUAUCGAAUUUUUUAGUUUAAAAAAUAAACAAAUAGCAAAAUACGAUUUAUGUAAAUUAAUAUUUUUAAUCUUAUUUAUAGCCCAUUUAUGUGGUUGUUGUUUUUAUUAAUUAACGAAAAUAGAAAUCGAAAAUAAUAUCAAAACCAACUGGCUAAAACGCUUUUCCACUACUUCUGACAUUUAAGAGACCACAAACUGGUAUUCGCAAUACAUUUUAUCUUUCUAUUGGGCAGUUAUAACUAUGAUAACAGUAGGAUAUGGAGAUAUUUAUCCAGUAAAUGAUUACGAAAGGGUUUUUGUAAUAAUCAUAACAAUGUUAAGCUGUGGUGUAUUUGCCUACAGUGUAAAUUCUAUAGGAUCUAUAAUCUAAAAUAUAACAUAUAAAAAUCAGUCUUUUAAAAAUAAGAUGAUGCUUCUUUCAUAACAUAUGAAUAAAAGAGGAAUGAACACCGAAUUAUAAAUGAAAGUGAAAAAAUAUUUCGAAUAUUUAAAUGAUGAAGAACUCGAAGAUAAUGAAUAAGGAGAAAAUAUGUUAAAUCAAUUAGUCGGAUCUUUAAAAAUGGAAGUUUAUUAAGACAUUUAUGGUAAAAUACUGAAUUCAAAAAAAGUCUUUAAACUUAAUUUUUCCCAGAACUUUAUUUCGAAAAUUGCUCCUAAAUUAAAGGAAAAAAGAUUUGGACCAGAAGAAAUUAUAUAUAAUGAGCAUGAAAAUAAUUCUAAGCUAUAUUUUUUAAUGGAAGGUGAAAUUAAUUUAUUUUUAAAUGUCAAAAAUUAUCAGUAGAAUCAAAGUGUUAUUAAAUAACUUUCAUAAGGAGAUAAUUUGGGCGAAAUAUCAUUUUUAUCAGGAAUGAAAACCGAUCAUGGGGCUAUUACAGUUAAUGUGGUGAGCUUAGUUUAUUUAAAUAUUGAAGAUUUUCUUGAAAUUAUUAAAGAUUUUCCAGAAGAUAGAGAAAAGUUUUGUUUAUUAAAGGAUAACUAUUAAUUAUAUUAAAGUUCAAGAGGAUUAGGUAUUAUAUUUUUAUCUAAAUACAUUCAUAUAUUUAUCUUAUAAAAUACAAAAAAAGGAAACUAAUGUUAAGGCUGUGGAAAAUAUUCACAUUAAAUAUUUAAUUGUCAUUUUGUAAAAUAUAUUCCAAAUAAAGAUUAAAUUAUAAAGAGAUUUUUAAAAUAAGAUUUGUAUUAAUAAAGAAUAGAAUUUACAAGAAAUCGAAUUAAAUAUUAUAAUACUUGGGAUUGUUUAGAAGAUAUUAAAUAAGCUGUAGUUGAAGUUUUAAUUGAAAAAGAAAAACUAAAUAGUUUAUUUGAAUUAGAAACUUUUAUUAAUAGAUUAAGAUAAAUAGAAUAAAAUUAGGUUUUUGAGAGCGAAAAUAAUAGUACUGACUUAUAAAAAUUAGAUUAAGAAAAUAUUUAAUAAAGAGUUCAAUAAGUAAUAAGGAAAGGAUCAAGAAAGUAUUUUUUUUUUUUGUCAAAUAAAAUAAACUAUUUAUUUUAUAUAAAAAAUAAAUAAACAAAGUAAAUCAUAUAGAAAGAGUAUUGUUCAAAUUCAUCACCAAGUUUCUAUAGAAGAUAAUACAAUAAGAAAUUCUUAAAAAAAGAUUUCUUUAAAAAAAGAAAAUGA